AUGGAAAGCAUCGGCCGCUUCUGUUCUCAGUACGUUCAAUUAGAAAAAGAUCUUGACUAUCCUCCACCUUCACUCCUGCAAGACGCAAAUAUUCAAGACACUAUAUACCGCCGCGUUUUUGCAGAUGACGCUCUUGCUUAUCCCCCUCCUCGGAGGUACCAGCUGCGAGUCCUUAAGGAGCUCACGUCGAGGAUCGAAGCGAGUAUCGAGGACUGGGAUCGUCACGGGGUUUCGGAUGACAUGAUGAAUACGCUCUCUUGUCUUCUAGCACACCCAUUACCCUCCGAAACCACCGCUGCUCAGCAGAAAUCAUAUGUGACGUAUAGUCUAUCUCUACUUGACAGUCGUGAUAAUGUUAUCCAAAUUCCACCUCAGAUCACACUGCUUGAGUCGCGCAAUCUCAUAUCUGCCUCGGGGACCACCGGCUUGCGUACUUGGGAAGCUUCCCUUCACUUGGGGCAAUUUCUCUGCGUAAACCCGUCGCUUAUUCGAGAGAAGCGAGUUUUAGAAUUGGGAUCAGGGACCGGAUAUCUAUCCGUACUGUGUGCCAGAUUUCUUGCUUCUACUUUAACUAUCGCCUCGGACGGCUCUGACGAGGUUGUGGCAAAUCUUCCCGAGAACUUCUUUCUAAACGGCCUCCAAGACUCAAAGCAAAUCCGGGCAAUGGAUAUUAAAUGGGGCCAUGCUCUUGUGGGGACAGAAGACCAAUACUGGAACGGCGGCAUGCCGAUUGAUGUGGUCCUUGGCGCGGAUAUAACUUAUGACAAGAGCGUCAUCCCGGCUCUCGUUGGAACAUUAGAAGAACUAACGGGAAUGUUUCCGCAUGUUAUAAUUCUCAUUGCCGCUACCGAAAGGAACCAAGACACUUUCAAAGCCUUCCUUGAUGUCUGCCAAAAGAGAUAUUUCAACGUCGAAGAAGUUGACUUCAGGCUUCCAUGCAGACAAGACCAGCGAGGUCCAUUUUACAGCGACCAAGUGCCUAUUAAGAUAUGCAGAAUACAAAAGCUAUCGACUUCUUGA